AUGGCAACAAAGGUUGUGUUACCAAAGAGGGCUGAUCCUGCUGAGCUGAAGUCCAUUUUCUUGAAGUAUGCCAGUGUUGAGAAGAAUGGCGAACACUACAUGUCUCCAGAGGACUUCGUGUCCAGGUUCCUCCAUGCACACACAGAUAUACGACUGUCCAAAGAGGCCAUAGCUCUGCUGGCGGGUGUUGUGGAUCAGACCAAAGAUGGGUUGAUCUCCUUUCAGGAGUUUCUGGCCUUUGAGUCAGUCCUGUGUUCUCCAGAUGCACUUUUUAUGGUUGCGUUCCAACUGUUCGACAAAACAGGGAAUGGAGUUGCCACCUUCGAGGAUGUGAAGCAAGUGUUUGGACACACCACUAUUCAUCAGCACAUUCCUUUUAACUGGGACUCUGAAUUUGUCCAGCUCCAUUUUGGAUCAGAGAGAAAGAAACCUCUUAACUAUGGAGAGUUUACCCAGUUCCUCCUGGAGAUGCAGCUGGAGCAUGCCCGACAGGCCUUUCUGCAAAGGGACAAGGCAAAGACUGGCACCAUCACUGCACUCGAUUUCAGGGACAUCAUGGUGACCAUACGACCACACAUGCUAACGCCGUUUGUGGAGGAGUGCUUGGUUGCUGCUGCUGGUGGCAGUACGUCGCACCAGGUCAGCUUCUCCUAUUUUAAUGGUUUUAAUUCUCUGCUCAACAACAUGGAGCUCAUUAGGAAGAUCUACACUACCAUGGCAGGCCAUCGCAGAGAUGUGGAAGUCACUAAAGAGGAGUUCAUCAUCGCUGCCCAGAAGUUUGGUCAGGUGACUCCUAUGGAGGUAGACAUUCUGUUCCAGCUGGCUGACCUGUCUGAGCCGCGAGGACGUGUUAGUUUGGUGGACAUCGAGAAGAUUGCACCUUUGGAAGAAGGAGCUCUCCCUUACAACUUGGCUGAAGUCCAGAGACAGCAGUCUGGAGGAGAUGUCUCUCGCUCCAUUCUCAUCCAGAUAGCGGAGUCAGCCUACAGGUUCACCCUGGGCUCGGUGGCUGGAGCUGUGGGAGCCACGGCAGUGUACCCCAUUGACCUGGUGAAGACUCGCAUGCAGAACCAGAGGUCGACGGGUUCCUUUGUGGGCGAGUUGAUGUAUAAGAACAGCUUUGACUGCUUUAAGAAAGUUGUACGCUACGAGGGCUUUUUCGGCCUUUACCGAGGUCUGGUACCACAGCUUCUGGGUGUGGCCCCCGAGAAGGCCAUAAAGCUUACAGUGAACGACUUUGUUCGAGGGAAGACAAUGCAGAAGGACGGGACUGUCCCCUUGCCUUUCGAAAUCCUGGCUGGAGGAUGCGCUGGUGGGUCUCAGGUGAUCUUCACAAACCCUCUGGAGAUCGUGAAGAUUCGUCUGCAGGUUGCCGGGGAGAUCACCACGGGACCUCGUGUCAGUGCCCUCUCCGUCAUCCGUGACCUCGGCCUCUUCGGCCUGUACAAGGGCGCAAAGGCCUGCUUCCUGCGAGACAUCCCCUUUUCGGCCAUCUACUUCCCCUGCUACGCGCACACCAAGGCCGCCUUGGCAGACGAGGAGGGGCGGAUCGGGCCUGCCAAGCUGUUGCUCGCAGGAGCUGUGGCGGGCAUGCCUGCCGCAUCCCUGGUGACCCCGGCUGAUGUUAUCAAGACCAGGUUACAAGUGGCGGCCCGUGCUGGACAGACCACGUACAGUGGAGUCAUUGACUGCUUCUGGAAGAUUCUGAGAGAGGAAGGGGGCCGGGCUCUCUGGAAAGGAGCUGGAGCGCGAGUAUUCCGCUCCUCUCCUCAGUUCGGAGUCACACUGGUGACCUACGAGCUCCUGCAGAGAUGGUUCUACGUUGACUUUGGCGGACAAAAACCAUCUGGCGCAGAGCCACCUCCCAAGUCUCGGAUCAGCCUCCCGGCGCCCAACCCCGACCACAUUGGUGGCUUCAGGUUGGCAGUGGCCACGUUCGCAGGCAUCGAGAGUAAAUUUGGACUGCAUCUACCCCGUUUUCGGGUGCCUGCCACCUCCUCUCCGGACCACCCCUGAGGGCUCUGCUGCCCACCUCACGGAGGCAGCACUGAGCACCAGGCUGUACAAGA